AUGAUAGCCAAAAACCAUUAUAGCAAGAUCCUGCUCUCCAAACAGGAACUCACCAAAGUGUACAAGACCCUCAAACAAGAGGCUGAAACGAAAUUGCUCCUACAUCUCCCGAACUGCAGCACCGAUGACCCAUACAGAAUAGACGUAGAAAAUGUCCUCCAGGAACACCUAUCCGAGGUUCUUGAGAGCGCAAAACUUGCCCUUAUUGUAGACGGAGUAGAUCUCGAGAAGGAGAACGUCUCGAUCGAGGACUUUUUGGCCGUGGAGCCCCAUAUAGGAACCGUGCCCUAUGAUCCAAGCAUCAACUUGCAAUUGCGGUUGAUUCUACAGAAGGUCGAGGCCAAAACACAUCAGGUCACUCGGCUCCGGCGCGAGCUUCCGUUCCAGGCCAGAGACGCCUAUGAGCAAUUGGUAGCUUCCGCUGACCGUGAGUACUCUGCCAUACUUGAGAAGGCAGACCUUGGGGCCGCGGAUGAGGUUGAUAUUGUAGACGAAGCGCUGAUUUUGAAAGACUAUAGUUCAGCAAUCGAUAAUUUGUGCGAGGUGAGGAAACUACUUCCGAUGCAGCAACAACGGGUCAGCUCAUAUAACCAGGUGAUCGACUUUCUAGCCAAUCUCUACGAAGCACAGAAGACCGAGGUAUGA